CUUCAGGGUCUCUGUUCGGAUAGUCUGCUUGCCUGGAGAUUCCAUGUGAUCUUCGGCAGAAAGAAGUGGGCUCUGUACAUUCCCGGAACAUUCGUCAUCAUCAAUGCUUUGCUGUGCUGGUCCGCCGACGCGCAGCAUCUUGCUGCGUACCAUCACUAUGAUUUUUACGAGAACACGCUUCUCGAGGUUACCCUCCAGAUCACUGUGGCAUGGGGGUGGCUGAUGUUCUCCAUCAACACCAUCCUCACUAGCGCCAUUGUAACGAAGAUCGUG